UUCCCUAAAACCUCAAUACUCAUUUCUUUUUCAGUUCUUCCUCGAUCACACACUAUUUUUAUUUUUUGUUUCCAAUUUUUUCCUCCAAAACAAGAAAAAAUCAAUGCAACUUUUAUGUAACCUGCAAAAUUUGACCUUAUAAAUCCCCAGGUUUUCCAUGAUUUCCAAAUGCUGUGGGUCCUCUUCUCUUAACGAACGUGUUGGUUAACUCACUCCUUCCUUUCUUGAUUUCCGCAAUUCACAAUUCCCAAUUUUAUACAUUUUCUCUCUCCUCCCUUUCAUCAGAUUCCACUCCAACCGCAAUUUCAGUAUCUGGGUUCAGUCCAAUCUCCAUUGUUUCAAGCUGGGUCGCACUGAUUAAACCUCCAAACUCUCAACUUCUUCGUCCACGCAUUUCGUCAAACACUUAGAUGGCGUCUCUAAAUUCGUUUCUUUUUACCAUUGAUUCAAGGGGUUUGCUCCAUAAUUCAAAUGGGUCGCAUUCUCUGGCGUAUCAACGACGAAAGCCUUUGGAUUGCGGUGGUUUCCUCAAAUUUUUGGGUCAUAGUGGUGAUUUUGCUCAUGGGAGAUCAUCUUUGUGCUGCGUGAAAUCAGUGGGUGGGUGUAGAAGAGGCUAUUCAUGGAGAGUUGGUUGUUCGAAGGAGGGUACGAAUGAUUCCAGUGAUAGUGAAGAUAGCAAAGAGACUGAUGAUGCUGUUCAAGCUACAAUUGAGAAGAGCAAUAAGGUUUUAGCUAUGCAGAAAGAGCUGCUUCAGCAGAUUGCUCAAAGAAAGAAGCUAGUUUCGUCUAUCAAAAGCAGUAUAAUCAACCAUGAGAAUGAACCCUUUAUGAGGGAAAAUGAUAAUUCUCCUCCAAAGGUUGACUUUAGCACAAAUCAGACACGUGUCAAUAAUGAGCAUACCAGUGGGACUGUAUCUUCAAGAAACAUUGAUUCGUUUUCCAGCAAGGUUAGCAAAGGCCAAGUACCAAUUCCUGUAAACUCACGUGAAGGGAGAAGCGGCCAGGGGAAAUUGUCAUUGGGAACUCUAAAUUUGGGUUCCUCUAUGCAAAAAGAAGACUUGACUAGGGCACCUGAAAAACCUCCCUCUAAGUCUGAUGGAAGGUCGAGUAAUGAAAAAAGGGAAACAAUUGAAAGUUUGUCUCGUGAAAGAACUUCCUACGGUUUAAACACACCAAAGAAAACCGAAGAAAACUCUAUGCAGCCUACAUUUUUAUCAACAACUUACAUACCUUCGAGUAUUAAGGACGAACAGGAACAGUUGGAAGUUGGUGAGCAGGUGAACCAUCCUGUUAGGGAAGAUGCAAAGCCACCACCUCUCGCUGGAGCAAAUGUGAUGAAUGUGGUCUUGGUCGCUGCAGAAUGCGCUCCUUGGCGUAAAACAGGUGGGCUUGGAGAUGUUGCAGGAUCCUUGCCAAAAGCUUUAGCUAGGCGUGGGCAUCGAGUAAUGGUUGUGACUCCUCGAUAUGGUGACUAUGCUGAUAUCCAAGAUUCGGGAGUAAGAAAAAGAUAUCGGGUGGAGGGCCAGGAUAUAGAAGUAGGUUACUUCCAUACAUUUGUUGAUGGUGUAGACUUUGUAUUCAUCGAAGCCCCGAUGUUCCGUCAUCUGAAUGAUAUAUACGGUGGAAGUAGGCUGGACAUUCUGAAACGUAUGAUUCUAUUUUGCAAGGCUGCAGUUGAGGUUCCUUGGUAUGUCCCUUGUGGAGGUGCGUGCUACGGCGAUGGUAAUCUGGUCUUUAUUGCAAAUGAUUGGCAUACUGCAUUGCUGCCAGUUUAUUUGAAAGCCUACUAUCGUGACAAUGGACUGAUGAUGUACACACGAUCAGUCCUUGUCAUCCACAACAUAGCACAUCAGGGACGUGGUCCUGUAGAUGACUUCUCUUAUGUGGAUCUUCCUCCACACUACAUUGACUACUUCAAGAUGUAUGAUCCAGUUGGCGGAGAGCAUUUCAAUAUCUUUGCUGCUGGUCUCAAGGCAGCUGAUCGCAUUGUCACUGUUAGUCAUGGGUAUGCAUGGGAGCUGAAAACUCAGGAAGGUGGUUGGGGUUUAAACGGGAUCAUCAACGAGAAUGAUUGGAAAUUGAGAGGUAUAGUUAAUGGCAUCGAUGUGACAGAAUGGAACCCAAAAUUGGAUCGCCAUCUACACUCUGACGGGUACACUAACUAUUCCCUUGAAAAUCUUAAACCUGGCAAAUCCCAGUGCAAGGAAGCUUUACAGAAGGAGCUGGGUUUACCUGUUCGAGAUGAUGUUCCAUUGAUUGGUUUUAUUGGAAGGCUAGAUGAUCAGAAAGGCGUUGAUAUCAUAGCAGAAUCAAUUCCUUGGUUAAUGGGCCUAGACGUGCAGCUAGUUAUGUUGGGAACCGGGAGGCAAGACUUGGAACAGAUGCUCCGGCAUUUCGAGGGCCAAUACCCGGAUAAAGUUAGGGGAUGGGUUGGAUUUUCUGUGAGGACGGCCCACAGGAUCACCGCUGGAGUGGAUAUUUUACUCAUGCCUUCUAGAUUCGAGCCUUGUGGGCUUAACCAGCUGUAUGCGAUGAACUAUGGUACUAUUCCUGUUGUUCAUGCAGUUGGUGGGCUGAAGGAUACUGUCCAACCUUUUGACCCGUAUAACAACUCAGGCCUUGGCUGGACAUUUGAUCGGGCCGAGGCACAUCGCCUGGUUCAUGCUUUAGGUAACUGUUUAUUGACAUACCGUCAGUAUAAAGAUAGUUGGGAAGGUCUCCAAAGACGAGGGAUGUCACAAGAUCUUAGUUGGGACCAUGCUGCCGAGAUUUAUGAGGAAGUCCUUGUUGCGGCCAAGUACCAUUGGUGAAAUGUUGGGUUGCUACUGUUUCAGUCCAGGUGCUCUGCCAUCACUCUUUUGGAGUCAAAGGCGGUUGUUUCUGUACAUGAAGGGACUUGAAUAUGGAUACUUAAGUAAAUAUUUUUCUGGUUAAUAUUCAAGUUCCUUGUACAUCUCUCGCCCUCUGGCUGCAAUCUUUUAUUCUGAGUUAACUCAGAUUGUGAGACACUGCAAAAUUGUAGAUGGGAGUGGCAAAUAGCGAUAUUUGAUCAGUAGCCUUUUGUAGAACUAACAUCCAGUUGAAUAAAGUCUAGUGCUUGUCCUUGUCGGUUAUUUACACUGAUCUGUAUAUAUAUAAAUUGUAAUAAUCCUGUGACUCCUGUCAUGCAUGAAGGUUAAGAUAAAUUUUUUUACAAAA